AGCAAGGUUUUUUCACACAUUUGUAAACAACAUGGCCGCUUUCGGACUGGCAGUGCUAGCUGACUGAUCUAACGCCGAGCUGGGAAACCUUCGGCUUCCUGGGCCGAAAUCGCGUGUCGGAACGCGCUGGAGUCACACCAAUAACAAACUGUUCGGUUCGCAUCGAAACAGAACGAGCUGAACCGAAGAGCUGCCGAAAAGACCGUUUGACAGACGGUAACGUUGACAAACGGUAACGUUAAGUCGUUAGCAUCAUUAGCUAGCUCCACAAUACAGCUAGUGUGAACUAACGGACAGAAACGUUUCAGAACAAACCGGGUAACGGGUGAACAGUGCAGCAGUUCGAGUCUGUCUGAAGCAGUGGGGUUGCGGGGGCUUGGGCUGAUAACUCGACGUGAUGUCCGCUUAGUUCAUGCCGAUGUGUGUUUUCCAGCCAUUAUUAUCUAACUUCUUUUUGUCCAAAAACAGUUAGUGUCAGAUAAUCUCACACCACUGUCCCGCCAGGCCCUCUUCAGUCUAUGGGCUCUCAGUCCAGUUCUGGGAUGUCUGGUGGAAGGAGCUCUUCCAGUGACAACCCAGCUGAACGGUCUGAAGCAGCAGAACCGAACCGAAGCAGCGGCGGCCGGGGCCGCAGGACGGCGGACAGACAGUCAGCAGCUGAGGAGGACGUCGACUUAGCUGAAGUACUGGCUUACCUACUGAGGAGGGGCCAGGUCAGACUGGUCCAUGGCAGUGGAGCCACAGGGCUGCAGCUGGUCCAGUCAUACUCUGACUCUGAUGAGGACAGCGAUGGAGCCUGGGAGGGUCGGCUGGGAGACCGCUAUAACCCACCAGUGGACACCCAACCCGACACUCUUGAAGUGGACCAAAGUGAGAUCCGAACUCAGAUCCUGCUGGCCACUGCCUCCUCUGCCCUGAAGGGCCGACACAGUUUCACCCACAUGCUAACAGAGAGGGAACAAGGCAGAUGUAGGGGCUCCAGUUUUUCUCAUGGGGAGUGCAGUCGUAUCCGCACAUAUUUCCUGCCAAACUAUGUAUCUCACAAGGAUACAUACCAGCAGAAAGCCUUCUGUGGAGUGUACAGCGAGGAAGGCAACAUGUUCCUCUCUGCCUGCCAAGACCAGAACAUCCGCUUGUACGACACUACCAGGGGGCGCUUUAAUCUCCGGCGAACAGUGAAGGCUCGAGACGUGGGCUGGAGCGUGCUGGACGUCUGCUUCACUCCUGAUGCGCACCAUGUGCUCUACUCCAGCUGGUCUGACUACAUUCAUUUGUGCAGUAUAGAUGGAGACAGUGAAAACCACACCGCCCUGGACCUCAAUCCAGAUGAGAGGAGGUUCUGUGUGUUCUCCCUGACUGCAUCCACAGAUGGCAAAGAGAUCUUGGGAGGAGCAAAUGAUGGCUGCCUUUACGUUUUUGACCUUGAGCAGAAUAAACGAACGCUGAAGAUCGAUGCCCACGAAGAUGACGUGAACGCAGUGGCAUUUGCCGACAGCUCAUCCCAGCUGCUCUUCUCUGGCAGUGACGACGCACUGUGCAAGGUGUGGGACAGACGGACGCUGCGAGAGGACAGACCGCAGCCUGUCGGACAGCUGGCCGGACACCGAGACGGCAUCACCUUCAUCCACAGCAAGGGUGAUGCACGCUAUCUGAUCAGCAACUCGAAAGACCAGUCCAUCAAGCUCUGGGAUGUCAGGAAGUUCUCACCCAAAGAGGGCCUGGCAGCUUCCCGCCUGGCUGUAACCCAACAGAACUGGGAUUACCGCUGGCAGCAGGUUCCUCAGAGAGCCCUGAAGAGACACAAGCUGACAGGCGACACCUCGGUGAUGACCUACCGUGGUCACGGCGUUCUGCACACCCUCAUCCGCUGCCGUUUCUCCCCAGAGUUCAGCACUGGGCAGAGGUUCAUCUACUCUGGGUGCUCCACUGGAAAAAUCAUCAUUUAUGACGUACUGACGGGCAGCGUGGUCUCCAGACUGUCAGGCCAUGAUGCCUGUGUGAGGGACGUCAGUUGGCACCCUUAUGAGGACAACAUUGUCAGCAGCUCUUGGGAUGGAGCAGUGCGAAUGUGGGAGCACAGACAAACCCAUCCUCUAGAGGAGGAGAGAGAGAGGGACAGAGACUGACAACAAGAGAAAGACAGCGAGAGAAAAAAGACAAAAAGAAAAGAUGUUGGAGGAAGAGACAUCACCACAGAUGGGCGAAACUGCCCCUAACGGAGGAAGACAGUAAGCUCAGAAGGACUGGGAAAGACUUACAAUAUCUUUUAAAUUCAAUGCUGGAUAUUAAUCAUUACAAUUAUAGUGUGGUUGAGAAGUGUUCAAUUGGAAGGCAUGAUAGCCUUACAUUGUAAAGGUCAGAUAAGAGCACACUGAGAUGGCCUACUUCUGUUUUUAUUUUGUUUUUGUUUUUUUUCCCCUCACUGUCUUGCCCAAAAUAAACAGUCCAAAGCUUUUUUUAUUUGGCCUGACACACGUCACUCAAAAUGUGCUGAAGCUCAAAAAGCUAAGCACUGCACUUAGGUAAUGAGCUGUUGAAAUGUAAUGGUAAGGUAGUCAUAUUAUAAUCAUUUCUGGAUAUUGCAGGGAGAAACUGACGAUGAUGAUUCUGUAUAAAUGUAUAGUAUUUUAAUGCUAUGUGUGUUCAGGGAGUGUAUUUAGACAGUUGUCAGUGUGCUAAUUUGGACUCAGUUUUGACUUUGCUGUAAUGAAUAACAUGACCUGUGUGAGCUGCCCAUUUCAGGGGCUGUCAUAUUCAAAGUCCACAUUUAAAGGUGCUAUAUCUAAGUUUUUGCUACAUAGCCAAUGUUAGCAUUAGCGGCUGUUUACUCACCAAGAGUUUCAGCCAUCAUCGCAUAUAUGAUAAUGGAGGUUAGAAUGCGCCGUCUGAGCAGUGCUAAGUCUUCAGGGCAGACUGGACGCUAUAGUGACUCACUAUCUCAGAGUGUUAUUACGAAAUGAGACAGGCCCUGGCUAGCUGGUUAGCGUGCUAACUUCAGUAGAAGAAAAGAAGUGAUAAAAAUAGAACCAAAAUUAGUUAACAUUGGCGCUACUUUACACCACUGGAUCGAGCUCUGGCUGUGUAAAGGAAUGAAGUUUGAUGCUGAACUCACAACAUUUCUUCUAGACUGGUAAGUAAACAGCUGUUAAUGCUAAUGUUGACUAUGUCAUGAUAGCAAAAACUUACAUAUAGCACCUUAAAGACUAUAUUAAUAUGAAUAAAUUCAUGUAACUUUCUAGAGUUUCCCACUGAUCCACCGACUGACUUCCUAGUCGUCAGCUCUCUGUGUUGAGCAGGCCUACCCAAACAUAAUGUUGGUUUUACUGUUGACCUCCUGAACUCCAAAUAAUGUUAGUGUGAAUCCUCUUUAGACCGAAUCAAGUCUAAAUUAACUCCUGUAUUUAGACACAGCAACUAUCUGAAGUCUUACUAUUGUCACUCAACUCUGUAAACACAAGCCCUGAGCCAAUUUAAAAAAAGUAAUUUUGUUGGUUAAUAUAAUCCUAUGAUCUGUUCAAAAGAUUUGAAUGUGUGAUAAUCUGUUAAAGUCAGGACUCGGUGAAGUGACUGGAGAUGUGUUUGUGGAUAAAAACUUACAAACUCAUCUGUUUAUGCAAUUUUCAGGUGUUUAUAUCAAAGCCCAUAUUUCUCUCUCAGAUGUUUGUUUUACAGUAACAAUAAAACCUUUCUUUAAAGGUACCACAGAGAAACUGCUUUGUUGGUUGUCAAUAAAAUUUGUUCUUUCAAGCUUAAACGUGCAAUAAAAGAAGAAAAACCUA